UCGAGCGCAUCCCUACUGGCGUAUGGCCAUUACUUCCUGCGUUGGAUGUUUGGCACUAGUCUCCAGGGAAGUACUUCGGGUGCAUACUUAAGGCCUGAUCUCUGCAUGCUAGUAUCCAGGAUGUGUAUACCUACUGGCAUAUGGCCAUUGCUUUCUGUGUCAGAUGUUUGGAAGCAAGCCGCCAGGGAACUUCGUAAUCACUGUCAUCUUCUUUGGUCCAAAAUAAAUCACGCAACUCAGCAGUAUAUAAAAGAAGAACAAUCAAUGAUUUCUGAGGCACUUCAUAAUUCAAAGGAAAAGGCGAUUAUUGCUAGUGAAUUAAUUAAUAAAAUAGCAAAAACAUUAUUUUAUGGCAAAGGUCCUUUAAAAAGAGACAUUGGUGAACGUAUAUAUAUCGUUGAAAGGAUUGUUCCCCUGUUUAAAGCAAUUCAAUUGGUAUAUAAUGAAUACAAAUUUCAUUGGAACGAAGUUGAAUUGGAUUGCAUGAGAGAAGUGAAGAAGAUAUUUCCCAAGUUUGAUUUACAUAUAAACCAAGCUGAUGGUUUAGGAGUACGAAAUUCGAGCAACAAGGCUGUUAUUUUCAUUGAAGUAUCGGGUGGUCCUGAAGAACUUUUAUUAAGAACAUUAUCUUAUCUAAUUGAUCGAUUCAUAUCACAAUAUCAUUGGAUAAUUAAUUAG